AUAGUGUGCAAUGUGCCAACGCGUUUUAGUUGAAUCCCUUUGCAAGUUGUAGUCUCGAAGAGAACUUUUGCAAGUCGUGGAUAAAAAGUUUGCAUUCAAAGACGCAAAGUAUACACAUAAAUUUUUUGCGGCUGUGAAUAGCAAAAGUUUAAAAAGAAAAGUGUUUGUGUUCUUUUAUUUUGCCGCUGUUGUAAGUGUCUAGACGUAAGCGCAUGGAAAACGGCGUGGAAAAUGGAGUAUUGCCCGAUGGCGAGCAAUUAGAGGCGCGUGAAAAUCAAAUGGGCAGCAGUACAGAUGGUGAGGGGGAGGGUGAAGGCGAGAACGAUUCGCCGCCACAGCCACCGCUACCGACGACAACAAAUGAAGAAGCACUUGCUGAUGCUGAUGGCGAUGCUGAGCGCGACUUAAGCGUGUCGGAUGCAGCGGAGGCAGAGGCGGAUACAGAAGCUACGCCUGCGGAAAAUGCGGUACCCUGCCAGAUUAACAUGAUGGAGGAUAGUCUGUGCGAAAAGGACGUGGAUAGCGAUGCAAAUGAUGAGGAUAAUGAUGAUGAGACCAAGGAGAACUAUGAAGGAUUCAAUGGCACCGGUCGCACCGUCACCUUGCAGACGCUAAUGUCCGCCAAUGUGCUGCAGCCAGGCAAAUCUUUGAUGACAAUAGAGUAUUUGGGGCAGAAAUUUGUGGGCGAUCUGCUGUCGGAUGGCAAAAUAAAAUCACAAGAGACUGAGACUAUAUUUCUAACUCCCAGCGCCUGGGCCAUGCACUGCAAGCGCAUUAUAAAUCCCGAAAAGAAAAGUGGCUGCGGCUGGGCAUCGGUGAAAUAUAAAGGCAAAAAAUUGGAUGCAUAUAAGAACUCUUAUUUACGGAAAUGUGCGCAGCAAAAAGAGUCAACGCCAGAAGAUGGUGAUCCAGAUGCGGAGCGUAAAACAGAGUCACCCGAUUUAGUUGUCAAACGUACAGUUUUCCAACACAAUACAGUGGCAAACCGUAAUAUUGUACAUGAUGCCAACAUGCUUAUCGAAGCUGUGCCGUUUUCUUCUGUGGGCAAACUGCAGCCGUUUCUAUUGACCGUUACCUCCUCGGCUUUGCUGCUGGCCGACUUUCAUUGUCAUUUAACCAUGCGCGAGGUCUGCGGCUACUUGGGCGGCACCUGGGACAUGAACACGCACACCUUGUCAAUUACAAAAACAUAUCCAUGUCGCAAUACGCGCUUCGAUCGUCAACGUGCUGGCGAAGUGGAGCGCGAUAUACAAAAGAUGAUGAUACAGGAUCAGGUGCUGCUGGUGGGCUGGUAUCAUUCGCAUCCUAAAUUUCAAGCGGAGCCCACACUUAGGGACUGCGAUUCGCAGCUGGACUAUCAAAUACGCAUGCGUGGCGCUAGCGAUCUGACUUAUACGCCUUGCGUUUCGCUUAUUAUAUCGCCCUAUUACGAGGACAAUCCUACGCUGGAGUCGGUGGUCAAAUGCAUUUGGAUUGUGCCGCCCAAUGAGAAUAAACAGAGCAUGGAGUAUGGACGGCCCAUGUUGAUGCAGUAUUCCGUAUUACCGGAUAAGGAAAUACCCGAGGAGGUGCGCACUGAGAUUCAAUGCUGCGUGGAUUAUUAUACACAGUAUCGUGGCGAGAUAGUUAAAUUUCGUAAUAUCUACAACAACGAUGUAACCUACAAUGAGAAAUUGAAGAAUACGCUGUAUCCCAAGUUUCCAUCAAAGCAAAGCGACAAGGCGCUGUGGAAUUGGCUUUGUGCUGUGCUGGAUUGCGAGCAGGAAGAUGAUUUUAUACCACCGAAGACUAUAAAGAUUAUUGAUAACGAUAGCGAGGCCGAGGCGCUGGUUAAAGCGGAGGCGCAGGCUGCUAUUAACGAGGCAGUGACUGAGAUAAAGCUGGAGCAGCCCAAGCAGGAGCCGAUGUGCGAUAUGCUGACGUCGGAGGAGGCGGCGCGCAAGGCAGAGGAGGAAAUCAAGCUGCAGGCGGAGCAAAAGGCAAGUGAAUUGAAGGUGAUGUCGCUGCAGGAGCAACUCUGCAUGCCCUCGGGCUUGAAUAUGAAUCCAGUGCGCAUGCUGUCACCGCUGGCAACGCCUAAUCCUACGAAUCUUAGCACAGCAGCAGCAGCAGCCACACCCGCAGUGCCAGCAGCGCUGCCCACUCAACUGUUGCCGCCUCAAGUGCCUGCAUUGAAUAGCACGCCCACCACCUCAGCAACGCCACCAGCAGCACCUAUAGCUUCCGUUGCUGCUGCUGCUGGCUCACCACGAGACAGUCCCAACUUGUUGGCCGCCAGUCCAGCCAAAUUUGAGCUGCCUGUGCGUGCUUCACCCUCGCCCGCCAAGUCGGACACCUCAUCGCACACAUCACGCACACGCAACUCGCCAGCGCCCAGUCCAGGCAAGUUUAGCGUCAGCGACAUUGCACGCAACAGUCCCAGCAUAACGCCCAACAAAUAUGAUGCACUGGCCACGCCGCCCAUGGUGCCGCCUUCAGCAGCAGCCGCCGCAGCGGCAGCAGCUUGUUUGCCCAGCGCUGAUUUGAUGGCUGCCAGCUUGGCACAGCUGGCGCCCAACUUUUUGCAAGGCGAUUUGGCUGCGCUGUUUCAACAGCAGCGCGGCAAGGAUUACGGCAGCAGUUCGCUCAAUCAGCUGGCGGCAGCAGCAGCCAAAGUGGGCAAUGCCAAGCAGCUGGAUGUGGCGGCCGCUAUGGCCGCCUAUAGCAACAGCUUCAAUAUGCCGCUGCCCAGCAGCAGCAGCAACAGCAACAACAUUGGCAACAACAAUACGAACAACAGCAGCAGCAAAAACAAGCAGGAACGCAGCUCCAAGUCUGGCGGCUCGGCCAGCAGCUGCAACUCGAGCAGCAGCAGCAGCUCCAAUUCGUAUAAGACCAAGCUAAUGAAGGAGCUGGAUGAACUCAAGAACGAUCCGUUGAAGAUGAGCGAGCUCAUACGCUCGCCAGAGUAUGCAGCGCUGCUGCUGCAGCAGGCAGAAGCACUGGGCGCUACUACGCUGGGCACACUAGGAUUUGGCGCUGAUCUGAGCUACUUGACGGCACAGCAACAACAACAGCAGCAACAGCAGCAACAACAGCAGCAGCAGUCGCAGUCAAGUGCCAGCAAGUCGUCAAAGUCUAGCAAUGCUGCUAGCGCUAGCUCCUCCUCAGCUGCUGCUGCUGCCGCCGCCUUGAGCGCCGACUACAAUAAUUUGAUACAAGCCUCCAAGCUGCUGGGCUACGAUAGCUACAUGCAGCAGAGCAAGCAAAGCAAUGAGCUCAAUGCGUUCCUACAGCAACAAAUGGCUGCCGUAGCAGCUGCUGCAAUGCCCACAGCAACUGUGCCCAGCAGCAGCUCCAGUGCCAAAAAGCAGCAGCAGCAACAACAGCAACAGCAGCAGCAACAACAGCAGCAGCAGCAACAGGCAGCAGCACAGCAAGCGGCUCAGCAGCAAGCGGACUACACAGCGCUGCUGCAAACCUACACAAAGCUGUUUGAUCCCAACAAUCAGUUUGCUGCUGCCAUGGCCAAUUCGAAUCCCAAGCACAUGGGCGGUGCGCACAAUGAGCUGAGCGCGCUGCUGGCUGCUGGCGCUGGUGCUGCUGCCGCUGGCGCUGGCAGCGCUGUCAGCUUAAAGCAGAAGCAAAAGGAUAUGCAGUCGGAUAUGCUUAAUCAGCUGCUGCAAAUGGAGAAGCAGGACUCGGAAAUCAAAGCGCUGCUCUAUCGGCAGAACAAAGCAGCUGCCGACUUGGAGUCGCUGUUUGCCACGCCUGGAGGCGGCGGCAGCGCUGCCUUAAAGGCCAGCAACAGCGCUGCUGCCGCCGCGGCGGUUUCCAUGGCCAGCGGCAUGCCCUCGGCCGCCACUUUGAGCAACUCUGCUGCCUAUUACAAUGCACUGGCGCAGGAGAAGAUGCAGGACUAUGCCGCAUUCUUUCAGCAGCAGCACGGCAAAUACGGCAUACCCGAUCCGCUGUCCAAGUCCACGCUAGCAGCCAACAAUAUGUUCAUGUCGCCAUCGGCUUUAUUCAAAAUACAACAGGAAUCGCUGUCGGCCAUGAUGAUGAAGCCGCCCAAGUCCACAACGCCCUCGUCGGCGCGCACUCGCGAGUCCUCGGCCUCGCCUGCGCUGGAACGUCUGACGCCCACCAAGUCCAUUGGCAGCGCUGGCAACGCCAAUUCGGGCAGCAAAUACAAUUUCAGCGCCGUCGACUUGGCCAUUAGCAGCGUGCCCUCGAACACGCCCUCGCCAGCGCUCUCGGACGGCAGCAGCGGCGGCGGCGGCGGCUCCUCCUCGCAUCGUCGUCCCUCGCCGGAUUUGAGUCGCCUCUAUGGUGAGCUGGCGCCGCCUGGCGCCUUGCUAGCCAAUGCCAUGCAGCCCAAGAAGCGCAUGGAGUUCGCCUCUGUAGCGGAUCUGGCUGCGCCGCCGCCAGCCAAGAUACCCAAGAACGAUGACGUCCUCAAUUUAUCCCACGAUUAGGACUGGCAUCUUGGGCGCAUGCCCCUGCAGUAUUUCCUCAACAGUAUCCAAGCUUAAAUAGGAAUCUCCUACAAGAAAUCAGAAUAACAAAUUAAUUCUUUGAUUUUUAAAACACAUCACAAUUAAUUUUGAAUUUUAUAAUUUUAUAA